GCUUCCAGGAGCAACAUCUCAAUUUGCUCAUGAUUCCUCUCGGUUCACCGGGCAUGCUUGCUCUGUUGUCACUGUCUGCGGGAGUGUUUCUCUCCUGUCAGGCAUCUGGGGACUGCACACAGCCUGCCUGCAGGGACACUUUGGUGGCAGCUCCCAUCUCACCUGCGACCGUAAUUGGAAGUGGCGCAUGUGAGGGUCAACGGCCCUGCAGGAAGGGCGGCUCGCUCGCGGCCAUCUCGGACGCUCCUUGGAAGGUGGAGCACAGGUCGGACUUCCCUCAGGUUCAGCCACAGGACGGAGUUGUGAAGGAGCGGUUGCUUCAGCUGCAGCGCUGCAUGCUGUCUCUCCAGGAAACAGGGGGCGCUUGGCUUGGCCAGGACAGCAACUCUCUGGGGGCCAUCCUGGCGCUAAUGGCAGCCGUGCUGACAGAGUGUGACCUCCACUGUCACGGCCAGGCCCUCGGGGCUAUGGCUAAACGACUGGAGGCUGCAGCCAUAGGAAGAGAGAGGGAGAAAGACCUGCUUCUUUUCCUAAAGAGCAUCACCCAUCAUCAUCCUACAGUCACCCCUUUGGAAAGAUUGCAUCCUCAGGACUGUGCGGAGAUUUACAGGCUGGGGAUCAAAGAGAACGGUAUCUACACCAUUCAGCCUGACCUGCACAGACCGGCGCUGGAGGCUAAAUGUGACAUGGUGACGACGGGGGGCGGGUGGACGGUGAUCCAGAAUCGUCAGGACGGCUCAGUGGACUUCAACAGGACAUGGCAGGAAUACCGGGAAGGCUUUGGCAAUCCGCAAGGGGAGCACUGGCUGGGCAACGCGGCACUGCACGCGCUUACAUCAACUGGUCAACACCAACUUCGUAUUGAGCUGGAGGACUGGCACCAGCAGAGGCGCCACGCCACCUACAACAACUUCAAAGUGGCCGCAGAGGAACAGCGAUACCGCUUGACAUCCCGUGAGUAUUCCGGCGAUGCAGGCAAUGCACUGAGCUACAGCAAACGUUACAACCACGAUGGCAGAUCUUUCAGCACCACUGACAGAGAUCACGACCGCUACGCUGCCGGAAACUGCGGUCACUACUACGGGGCCGGCUGGUGGUUCGAUGCCUGCCUGGCCGCCAAUCUGAACGGGCACUACUACCGGGGGCGCUACAGCGGUGUGACAAACGGCAUCUACUGGGGGACUUGGUACAUUUUGACUGACGGGCGAACUGGUGAACGAUACUCCUUCAAGAGGGUAGAGAUGAAGAUAAGACCGCGGAAUUUUGCAGGGUCGUCGUGAAGAUGGGCAAAAUUAAUGAGCUGCACAGUAGACACAUUGACAAGCAUUUGCUAGUUGUAGUCACUUUAUGGACUCAAUCAUUUUUGGCCAACUAAACUUUCAGGUUAAAGGGAAAAUAUCUAUUACGACUAUGUCUGAGAAAUAAAUGAAUGAUGCAUGAAUAGUAUAAAUAAAUCGGAGAAUGUAACUUCAGAAGAGCACGCUGUGGUACUUGAAUUAGCUUCCAACUCUCUCGGCAGCACAGAGAUGACAAGCAUUCUAAAACCUUGCUAAUAGACCUCUGUGGUCGCCCUGCAACUCCGUUAACACCCAUCUCGGUAAUGACACCAAAGACAAGCACAUUCUCUUCACACAAGCCAUUUGGUAAAAUAUCUACACACCCCUUUUAAUGGUGUUUUUCUUUGUGAUAUGAAAAAUGAGACCAAGAUAAAUAUUAAUUAAAAAAAAAAAGAUUCCAAAGAAAUGUAAAAAUAAUUUGGUUGCACAAGUGUGCACACCCUCUUGUGACUGAGGACGUGGCUCAGAAUUAACCAAAAAUAACUGCCACCGCUUAAAGUGCCUCUAACUACCCUGAUAAUAAAGUCCAGAUCAUUUAAUAGGGGUGUGUAGACUUUUUUUUAUAUCCACUGUUGGUACAGGCCACACUAAA